UAGCAAUUUCAUCUUCCCAAACGUGAUCUCCUUUAACAACUGUGAGCGCUUAAAUGCCUGUUGCCAGGUUACCAUCCAGCACUGUGAAAAGCAGGAUUGUGUACGCAAGUGGCAUGGAGAACACCGCUGACAUGCACCCGUCUCUAAAGAAUGAAUCACAGAUGCAUUCAGAAACAGGAGGAACGCAAUGAAUAGGCAAGUGUGAUCAGGAUCGAAUCUGCAGCAUUGAUGCUGGAGCCGGGGGAAGCCAUGCAGCUCCAGUCUGCAGCACAGUGCAAGGUGUGGGGCUUCAUAUUGAAUGAAAGAUGCGCCUUGUCUUCAAAAAUGGAAGUCCACCGUGAGCAAAGCAUCUGUCAGGCACGGGCUGCUGUCAUGGUAUAUGAUGACGGCAAUAAGAAAUGGGUUCCGGCUGGUGGAUCCACGGGCUUCAGUCGAGUCCACAUCUAUCACCAUACCGGCAACAAUGCCUUCAGAGUAGUGGGGCGUAAAAUUCAGGACCACCAGGUGGUAAUCAACUGUGCCAUUCCUAAGGGGCUGAAAUACAACCAGGCCACGCAAACCUUUCACCAGUGGCGAGACGCACGGCAGGUAUACGGCCUUAACUUUGGCAGCAAAGAGGACGCCAACGUAUUUGCCAGUGCCAUGAUGCAUGCCCUGGAGGUGCUGAACUCUCAGGAUGCAGGCCCGCCGUUGCCAAGACAGACCCUUCAGGUGCAGAAUGGACCAUCACCAGAGGAGCUGGAGAUGCAAAGAAGGCAGCUGCAGGAGCUCCAGCGUCAGAAGGAGCAAGAGCGCGAGCGGCUGGAGCGCGAGCGGCUGGAGCGGGAGCGGCUAGAGCAGGAGCGUCAAGAACGGGAGAUGCUGGAGCGGGAACAUGCCGAGAGAGAGCGUCAGGAGCGGGAACGACUCGAGAGGGAACGUGCCGAGCAGGAACGCUUGGAGCGGGAGCGUCAGGAACAGGAGCAGCUAGAGCGGGAACGCCAGGAACAGGAGCGCGCUGAGCGCAAGCUGAUUGAGAGAGAGCGUGCCGAGAGAGAGAAACAAGAGAGGGAGCACCAAGAGCAGCUGGACAGAGAGCAGAUGGACUGGGAGAGAGGGAGACGCAUCUCCAAUGCCGCAUUCGAAAGCACCCUCUACAUGCCUCCACCUCCUGAAUACAAGACCAGCUCCUCUUCACCCAUCUCCCCUUCCACACCCAGCUACCCUCCACCAACACCACCUUCCACAACAACUCCUCCGUCCCCGCCCCUUCGUCACUCGGCCUCCCGAUUCGCCACCUCGCUAGGCUCUGCCUUUCACCCAGUCCUGCCUCAUUACGCCACCGUCCCUCGCAGGCAACCCGCUCCGCCCACACCACCACCCCCUGCCCCAGCUCCAACUCCUCCUUCCAAAUCUGUAAUCUGGACGACCAGCAACUUCACCCCUUUACCGCCUUCUCCUCCGAUCAUGAUCAGCAGUCCACCUGGCAAGGCCACGGGCCCUCGCCCGGUUAUCGCAAUUCCGGCUCCUAGUCCAUUCUCCCAAAAACCACCCUCACCCAUCACAGCGCCCAACGGACCACCUUACUCACUUCACUUCCAUACCUCAUCCCCCAUCUCGGGCCAGCCGUUUUCUUCGCCCCCGACUCCACCCCCUCCGCCUCCCAUCCACUCCUCCUCGCCCGUGCCCACCAUGCCCAUUGCUUCCCUUAUGUCUUGUCCCUCACCCCAGCCUGCUGUUGUCCCUUCUCCUUCCACAGCCUUCCCUGCCUCUGCUGAGCACACUCUAAACUCUGGGUCGGGAGACUCCUACUUCUCUGCUCCAGAGCCGCCCUUUCAGCCAGCUGACUCGCCCAGCCAGCCGGAUUUAGUACAGGGGACGCCCACCCCUCCACCCCCACCACCCCUCCCUCCCUGCUCCACUGUGACUCCAACCAUGGCCGGACCUCCACCACCCCCUGGCCCCCCUCCCCCACCACCUCUACCCCCUACACUUACCCCAACAGGCCCACCCCCUCCCCCCGGCCCACCGCCUCCACCCUCAGGCCAGGCUCCUCCACCAGCACCACCUCCACCCCCUGCCCCACCUUUGCCUUUGGGUCUGUUUACCCCCUCACCCACCACAGAAGAGAAGAGCCUGUCUGGACUUGCAGCCGCCCUCGCUGGAGCCAAGCUACGUAAAGUGCCAAGGAGUGAUGAGCCUCUGGCUCCAGCCAUUGUUGGUGUGGUGGGUUCUGGUGGUGCCAAGCCCGAAGCAGCCCGCGGGAAUGGCCCUUUACCUGGAGGAGGAGGUCUAAUGGAGGAGAUGAGUGCCCUGCUUGCCAGGAGGAGAAGAAUUGCUGAUAAGGGAUCAUCACCAGAGCCUGAGCAGAAAGCAGAAGAGGUUGAGGCUACCAUAACUCCGAAAGUGUCAGCAUGUAGCACACCAGACAUGCCCAGAAAGCCUUGGGAGAGGACAAAUACCAUGAAUGGUAGCAAAUCACCAGUCAUUGGAAGACGGGACACACCAUGGAGAAAUCAGACGAGUACUGAAAAGUACUAUGAUUCCUUAAACAGACCAAGGUCUACACCAACUCCUACCGGAUCCAUAAGUGCCAAUGGGGUGCAAACAGAAGCUCUUGACUAUGAAAGAUUGAAACAGGACAUUCUAGAGGAGAUGAGGAAGGAACUAUCAAAGCUGAAAGAAGAACUAAUUGAUGCAAUCAGGGAGGAGUUGGGCAAGUCAAAUUCUGCAUAGGACAAUACAAUGCACCUGUAUUUUUAAAUAUGAUCUGUCUGCUUCAAUUUAAAACACUAUCUCAAAAGCAAUGAAAAUGGAAAUUUACAGUUUUAACAAGUGGUGAUCACAAUAACCAUGUUAAAUUCGGAAGAUCUUUUAAGGGUCAAUGCCAGGACGGACACAAUUUUGAGCGUGGGGGGCACGGGAGGCAUAUAGUGAGAGGAUGCCCAGACACCUCAACGCAACGCCAUACACCCAAAGGCUCCGAAUCUUGGGGGGAUCAGGACACAGUCUUAAGGAAGUGACUGUCAGUAUGCAAUGGAUGAUGCAAUGGAUUACUAUGGAAAGAUAAUAAGAUGACAGAUAAAGACACAAAGUAUUACUGAACUACAUACUGUAUUAACUAUUGAAGAGUGAAAUUGUAAAUCAAACAGAUGACAUUCAUUCUGUGGCACAUUGUUUCGCAAAGGGCAGGCUUUGCUGUUUAUGAAUUUAAAAGAUGGUGGGGUUGAAGUAUCGUUAACUGGUUGGCCUUGUAUAGAGCAAAACCUUGAAUUGGGCCAACCAAAUGAGUAUGGUCUAUUGCUGCAGGACUCUAAAGCUUGUCUUCCUAAUACUAUUUUAACCAGAAUAUGUACAUUAAAAUGACAAAAUAAAGCAUUAUACUUGCAAGUCAUUCAAUCAACCUCUUCUAAUGUACGCCAUGGCCAUAUCAGGUAGCUUAAUCGCUCUUGGGACGAUAAGUCUUUCAGUCGGUUUUUCAUUAUUAUUCUGACUGCUUCAGACUUCUCUUUUCAAAAGUAAAUGCUCGACAGGCUGUCUCUAAUGAGCCACUGUUACACGUAUACCUUCUUCAUCUUGUUUGUUUGCAAUCUGUUCGGGAAGAUCACAAGGGACUAUGCCUUUCUACUGUAUAUCAUUGUAGCUCUUUACCAAAAUCCUCUCAGCCAGUCGAAUUUAAUGUUGACGCCAACGUCGACUUGACCGUAUCUGUAGAUAUUGCUAACCAGAAAUACUAUGAACUUUUUAUUCACCAUAGGCUCUUUCGUAUUUUGUUCAAAUUUCAGUGCAUGUCUUAUGAAUGGUAAGGGAAAAAGGAAUGCCACGAAAAAUAAUUUUGGUUUCAAUUCAUAAGCAAUAAGUGUAGCAUUGUUACUCAUUUUCCCAUAUUACAUUUUUAUUUUCUUUAAUCAUCCACUUUGCCCUCAAAACUGUUGAAUAAUGCUGUUUUUCAUACACACUCAUAAAGGACACCUCUUUAUAGCCAUAAUACAUUUGCACGGGUACAGCGUUUUUACUCAAUGGUCCAUUUUUUUUUUUUUUUUAAUAGGAUUCAAGGAUGCAAAAGAUCAUGUAUGGUAAUAUUCAUCCUGCUUUGGGUAUUUACCAACUAAAUAAGAAACAUUUAUAUAAUGAGGGCCAAGUAACAGAUCGCAGAAGGCAUAGGUUGAAUGACUUUGGGAGUUUUAUUAUUUUUGCUUUGACCUCUUUCUGCACACUGAAAGACACUCAGUUCUGAUUUUUCAGAGGGGCUCUAUCUUCCAACAUGCUUUAUAAGGAACUUUUAUUGGGAAAUGUGCUUUUUUAAACAGAAAUAUUUGUACAAACAUGACAAGUGUGAUUAUAGGCUAUUGAGAACAUGAAUUUGUGACCCAGUUUGCCAUUUCCCCCAUCUUUUCACUUAUGUUUAAAACAAUUUCCUUUCUCCGUUCGCCAUCACUCAAAACAAUCUCUAAAGGAAUCAGAAAGCUUGUAUGGAGUGUUUACAGCAUUGAUUGCACUUUAAAACCCUAUAGAAAUAAAUUCAAAUGAUCACAUUGCUGGCAAAACAGCCAUCACUCUGUGAAUGGUAAUAUCACCAAAGCUAAACAGCAACAAUCCCUAGCAACACACUCCCCUAAUCCACCUAUGUUUUAACAAAAAAUAACUAUUUUUGAUUAUGUAAAGCAGGUGAAUUGUUUUGAUCAGGGUUGAUUCAUUCCUGGACAAACCUGUUUGUGAUCUUCAUGGUUUAUGCCUUGUUCGGAAGUUGCAAAUUUAAAAAGCGUAUAUAUAGAGAGUAUUAAUAUAGGGCCUGCCAUAACUUUAUUAACUUGUUUUGGCUUUUGCUUCAGUGGGUUACAAAGGAAUCUUCUUUGUUUAAAACUAAACAUGCAUUCACAUUAGGGUGACCAGAUUCCUGCUUGUGGAAAACGGGACAGCCCCCUCCUAGCAAAAAUGAAAUUGAUGUAUCCUUACCUAGGCACAGAUCAAUGCGAAGCAGAGGGUGCAUCCGCAUCUGUAACGGUUGUCACCUUGUAUUUAUCGCUGGCGGCAGUUUUUCUCAGUGUGCGCUUGUCUUUCAAGAGUUUAUUGUAAAAUGCAGAGCAGUCCAGUCCAAAAUUAAGACGUACGAAAAGCAUUGCCUUCAUGAUUGUAACACUGAUUCGAGAUUUAUCCGGUGUCCAUGCUGCGUUCAUUAAUGAAAACACAUGCUCCACAGAUGCAGAUGUCCCAGGCAGGCAUAAAACAAACUCCACGACCUUGGCUAAGACUCCGAAGUUGACGGUCUUGGUCUCCAGCUCACGAAAAACAUCUGUCCAUCUCUCAGACACGGCCGUCUUGUUCAUGUGAUGCGACGAGUGACAAUGUUUUUUUGUGCAAGCACACUCAUCAAAGAGCGUGAUUUCAUCAAUCAAACUGAGAGCGGGGAUUCCGGAAUAGAAGUGUUCAAGGCUUCUCUGAAUGUCUUUCCAUUCUGGGAUGUCUCUCAGUAGGGCCCACUCAAGUUUUCCUGUGUUCUCAAAUGAGUAGCUCCAAUUUUGGAGGUAAUCCACUGAUGCUGAAUAAAAGUUUGUCACUGCACAAAAGAAAUCAUCCGGUCUCAUGUCACCAGCUUCAGGGCAUCCAACAGCUUUUUAAUGUCAGAGGGUAUGAAUGAUUCCUCCAGCCUGGCCUGAAAGACUUUUCUCAGGUGCAAAGCUAUGGCCGUGCACAACAGAAUGAUGUCCUUCACUUGCAUGCACCUUGUCAGAUUCUGAACAUUGCUUCACAAAAAUAUUGCUAACACUUGUUGUGGCACACUUACUUUUAGCAGCAUCCACAUGCUUUUUUGUAUGAACAUGCUGCGCGAUGUCAGUGCGGACUCCAUGGGCGAUGGAAAAGCGAGCUCCACAAAUCUCACACCUCACUUUACUAGGCUCUGUCUGUGACACCUUUUUUUAGAAAUGUAAACUCUUUUUGAAGAUCCUCAUUAAAUGUACAUGCGUGCUUCUUUGACAUUUUUCCAGCUGCAAUUUUAUGUGUGUGCUCUUUCAAAGUGACACUUCAAUCAGUUUACUAACUGCACAUCUAUUGAUAGGGGAUUGUGAUUGGAUAGUGUAAUCCAAUCAUGUAACCCAGUGUGAUUUUAUUGGUUUUACAAGCUAUAUCCUUGGCUACCUUUGAUUAGAAUACUCACGUGACUGAGAAAGCUGCUUAGGUGAUAGCGAAAUUUUAGGAGAGGGGAAAUACGGGACAAACACUUUUCUUCAGAAUAAGUCAGGACACUUGAAAAAGUGCUUAAAUACAGGACUGUCCUUGGAAAAACGGGACGUCUGGCCACCCUAAUUCACAUUCUUCUCUCAUUGUCAUUUUCUGUUGCAUUACGGGGUUUGUGUUAUGUUAAGACCACGUAUGCUGGUGAGAUCUGAGAAACUGAUCUUUGUUGUGGCGGAAAUCAGUUGAAAAAAGGUUAUCAAGAAGUAUAUCAUGUUGUCAGCACAUUGAGACUUGAUUAUGAGAAGACAAAGUGCUGGUCAAAUUCAACUGAAUGUCCUUGAAAUGCAAUUUUAGGUUUUCUUAUCUUUCUAUUUUAUCGUUCAUGUUGUAUCAUACUGUUUUCACGUUAAUUAGAAGUUUCUUACAUGCUAACAUUGUUUUGUUUGAGCAAAUUCAAUAAAAAUUGCAAUACAA